AGAAAGCACUAUCUGUAGUUGAUUACUUGUGGAGCAGCUUGCCUCAUAGCUACAUCAGGGAAUUUGGAAUACAGAAUACUUAUUAUUGCACUGUUGUUUUCUCACUCACUUCAUUGGAAGGUCAAGAUUUAGUUAAUUUUUCUACCAGGUUUACUUCACUUUUUUCGUGACUACUUUCAGCAAUGGGCUCAGAAACUGAGGAAUCGAAAGAAGUGGCCUUAGAUGCUUUCAAUUCCAAAAACCUUGCAGUCCAGGCACAGAAGAAGAUUCUGGGAAAAAUGGCAUCCAAAUCGAUUGCCACCAUCCUGAUAGACGACACCAGCAGUGACGUGUUGGAUGAACUCUACAAAGUUACCAAAGAGUACACCCAAAAUAAAAAGGAGGCAGAAAAAAUUAUUAAAAAUCUCAUAAAAAUCGUCAUUAAAUUGGCAGUCCUAUACAGAAACAACCAGUUCAACUCUGAAGAGAUUGCCUUGAUGGAGACGUUUAAGAAGAAAGUUCACACGCUGGCAAUGACGGUCAUUAGUUUCAACCAGGUGGAGUUCACUUUUGACAGAAAUGUGUUGUCCAAACUGCUACAGGACUGUAAGGAAUUACUUCAUCAAGUUAUUAACAGGCACCUAACCCCCAAAUCUCACGGACGUGUCAAUAAAGUCUUUGAUCAUUUUUCAGAUUGCGAGUUCCUCGCUGCUUUGUACAAUCCGUUUGGAGCCUACAAAGCUCAUCUGCAAAAAAUCUGUGUUGGCGUGAACAAAAUGCUGGACGAUGGGAACAUUUGAGCAAGUCGUCCCCUUAACAUCUGAUUUUUGCUUUGCAUAGCGAUAUCAACAAUAUGGAGGACACCUCUGUAAAAAGAGGGGGGGGAAAUGUGUACAGUUAACAUGUCCCAGCAUGGGUUGCUUUUUGUAUCCGGAGGUUUCUGUUGUGCGGCGUGCUCGGCUCCCAGGGUUAUUUGUUCUGCUUUGUUUUAGCAGGCCAUUGCACAGCAGUAAAGGGAGAGUCUCGCUGGGCCGGGAGGUGAUAGUAACCUCUGUCUCUUGAAAUACAAGCAAAUGCCAAAUAUGUAUGCUCAUGUACAAAUUCUUCUUAUUAUUAUUUACUGUUUUAUAGGGGCAAUACACUUCUAUAUAUAAAUAAUGCUCAAUGUAAAAACUUAUGUUGUUGAAAAAAGCCUUUGAAUCUGUUUUAUUAUUACAGAACUUUAAAUAUUUAUAUAAAAAAGAGAUACAGAAAUGUUUUAUGUACUUCAAGGUUUAAUAUUAAACCUUUGUGGAGUUAGGAAAUACUUUACGAUUCUAAACCUUUUCAAAGUAUUUACUGUGAUGUGGCGAGUGUUUUGCUACAGCAUGAAUGUUCGACAUCCUUUAAAUGUGAUCAGAUGAGGUCAAGCCAGUCGUGUUCGUAGUGCCCAGGAAAGUUAACGGCACACACUGCUCCACAAUUCCUGUUUGUUUUGUGUUUCUUCUACCUGAAAAGUGCAGUUUAGUUUGUUUGUGGACGUGCUGAUUGUACAGACAGCUCGGUAUGUUUGCCUUCGCGUGCGUACCGUUUCGGUAACAGUGACUUUGUAAAUAUUGCAAUGUAAUAAUGUUUUCAUGUCAUUCUUUAGGUCUCUAGUGACUGUAAACAUUCUAAAUAUUAAUAUAAAGAAAUGGAUUUCUCCGAACAUCUGCUAUCCAUUUGAAAGAGAAACGUGCAAGCGCAGAGGGUGAUUCUCCCUGGAGCCGUUGUCAUUUCUUAUUCUCUGUUUUAAGAGCAAUACGUUCAGUUUAAAGGCGAAUGAUCCUCCUGGGGUACACAUUUGAAGAGACCCCCCUCUAAUCAUUCACAUGUUGCAUUCCUGUCCAUAUUAUGAUUACAGACACUGCAAUGUGUCCAUCAGGGUGGUAUGAAAUCUGCCCUGGCAUCUCUACGUUGUGAAAUUUCCAUGUUGCAUAUCAUUUUUGUUUUCUUCUCUUCCUCACUUGUCGUAGGGUACUCCUUUUUUACUUUUGUUGGUUUAAGCGACAUUUCAGGACACACGUAAAAAGGAACAGUUCCAUUGCUUAUUGUAAUGUAACCAAAAAAAAACUUGAAAGGUACUUGGUUUAAGUGGACACAGUGACUUCGGGUCUUUAGUAUUUUUGUUUUUAUGGUUUUUCUGAAGAUUAUUGAAGAAUUACUUUAAAUUUUCUGAAAUCUUAUUCUUUCGGUGAGUUGUAGUGGUCUUUGAAUAUUCUGAACUAUACUUCUGGAAGAUACCGCACCUUUCUUCUGAUCUCUAGUAAUUUCCUUUCUGAGAAUCCCUUCCUUAAAUAAAAUAUUUUUGUUUUACACACA